GUUUAAUCACCUGCAGCAGUAAACGUUACUCACCGGAGCUCUGUGAUUGGUCAGCGGGCGACUUUCAAACUCCUCCCUCACUGCCACCGCAACUCGGCGGUGUCAGCAGACUGUCAUCCAGCGGCAAGUUUUCGGGCAAAUUAUCAAAUCAAGGCUCAGUAAAGCCCGAAAAUGAGUCAGUUUAAGGAGCGCUUCGUGACUCUGCUCCAUGAGAAGAACUUUGUGACAGAUCAGUUGGCAACGCUGGAACAAAAAACGGGAGUGAAGAGAGAGUAUAUCUCAUUGGGUGUUCUGAGUUUUGUUGGGCUGUAUCUUCUGUUUGGAUAUGGAGCCUCACUGCUCUGCAACCUGAUUGGCUUUGCCUAUCCAGCAUAUUUCUCUAUUAAGGCCAUCGAGAGCAAUAUUAAGGAGGAUGACACACAGUGGCUGACCUACUGGGUUGUUUAUGGUCUCUUCAGCAUCGUCGAGGCCUUCUCUGACAUCUUCCUCUUCUGGUUCCCCUUUUACUAUGCUGGCAAGUGUUUGUUCCUGAUAUGGUGCAUGGCUCCGGUGACGUGGAACGGUUCUGACAUCUUGUACAAGCGUGUUAUCCGGCCAUUUUUCUUGAAACACCAGGCUACCAUGGACAAUGUGGUCAGCGAUCUGAGUGCCAAGGCUAAGACCAUAACUGAGACCGUCACAAAGGAGGGUGAGACAACUACAGUAUACAUCUGUUAACCGGGCCCUUAACCAUGACAAGGACCAGUGAGAGACAAGGGAAGGCUUUGUGUAUGUGCACAUAUGUGUGUUUGGGUACUUGAAAGACUUUGUGUGUGUCAUCCUCCCUCCUCCAUGACGAAUGAUGAACCACCCCGUCAUGUGGUGAACUGAAGCUUCACACUCUUAAAAAUAAAUAAAAGCUUGUUUGUGCAUUCACAUCAGUUUACUGCCAUCAGUACUGCGAAGACAAUUGGUGAAACUGUGGCCUUUUAUGUGAUCUUAUUUUCAUUGUUGUUCUAGUGUGACAAAAUAAGUGGAAAGAAAUACAUUGAUAGCAAAAAUUCUGAUUGUGUGCCUGCAGGUUUCAGUAAGAUUGGCAGUGAAGUCAAUAUUAUUAUGUCUAAUUGAGCCAUUUGUGACCAGAAAACUGAGACUGAGACUGAGUAACAUAACGGUUAUAAAAGCAGGUUGUCUUCAAAUGUGUCCAUAAACAGCAUUUUCUAACAUUGUUAACAAAACUGGACCUUUUACAUGUCAUUAAUGUCUUCUUGCUCUUAAAAGCCAUACUAUUGCAUGUGCCAAGCAGCAUUUAAAGUCUGUUUGAGCUAUUGGGAAGGUUUUCAAUCUAAGUUAACUGGGUGACUUCUGCCUUUUCAUAUGUCUUAAUUUAUCAUAUCAUAAUGUUGAAACAAUAAAAUUGGGACCCUAA